AUGGUGCGUUUUGUUCUUAAAGGGCAGCAAGUGGUGGUGCUUGGGGGAAAGGAGCUUUCUCGGUUUAACUCGGAAACAAGUGCUAGGGUUUACAAUAUUGAUGUGAAGCUCGCUCCACGGAUAAAGGCUAGGUAUGGUAAGAUCAAGACUGCCUACUUCAAGCCCCCAAAGGUGGAUUGUCAACUCAAACUUCCUUUGAGUACUAUUUAUAACAAUGGAACUUCUGUAGGUCCUAAGUUUGUUUCCAAGGAGUGUGGGAGUGUCAAAAUCUUUACAAUCUCCGUGGGGAUUGAGAUUGGUCCUUUUAGUUUUGAAACAGGCUGA